GAGUUGUUAGAAAGAGAGGAAACAGUGAACUUGUAGCUUUAACUAGCCAUAAUUUAUUUAGCAGAUUAUUUUGUACCUAAUUUUAUGGUUCAUAAAAAAUUGCGUCUGACGGAAUGCUUUCAAAACAUCAACAAAAAUCCAACCUCACUUUCUCCUGUCAUUAUAAUUUUAUUGUCAUAGCUUUGUUAUCUUUUACACAAGUUUAUUAUAAUGUCGAUUAACUAAUUAUUAUCGUGAAGUAAUUAAAGAAUGAGGACAUUAAGUAAAUGUUCUCUUAGCAGCCGCAAAUAAGUGAAUCGAAACGACUACCAUUGUCACCGUUAUCACUGUGAUUGCAUGACUCACUGGAUAUGUUGGACACAAUAGGUCUGUUGGUGCUAACGGGGCUGCUGUGGGGUUGCACCAACCCUUUCAUCAAGCGCGGCACCAAGGGUCUUCGAGACGUGCAAGCGGGUACUUGGCCCGCACAGGCCUGGGCUGAGGUCUGCUUUCUGCUGGGGAACUGGAAGUACGUGUUGCCAUGGCUGGUGAACCAGCUGGGCUCGCUGGCGUACCUGUUCGCUGUGCGUCGCGCGCCGCUCUCACUGGCCGUGCCGGCAGCCAACGGGCUGGCGUUCGCUGCCACCGCCGCCACAGGAGCCGCGGCCGGUGACCGGCCGCUAGACAGAGGUUCGAUUCUCGGGAUAGCGCUGAUCGUGGCGGGCACGGCGCUGUGUUGCUGGGACCAGGUGGACUAGCCUCGGUCGUGUUAACAAGUUGUAUCACGUGAUAAAGACGGGAUAUGACAUCCGUCUUUUUAUAUCUCGUAUGUAAGAUAUGAUAUGAAUAAUUUAUUUUUAUUCGGCACGUUGAAGUCUACGUAGUUUAUAAUGAGGUUGUAAAUGUAAGGUAUAAAGUGGUGCGAAAUAUUGUGACACAAUUUUGACAGCUGUCAGAUGACGUUGUACAGUACAGUCGCCAUCAGAUAUUUGGCCAGACCGCCAUUAAAGUAAAAGAAGAAGAGAAGAUAUAUCGGAGCGGCCAAGGCGCUUACAAAUAUCUGAAGACGCCUCUAUUGCCAAGGCAGUAGAGUGCGUGUUCAGAUAACUGAGCACUUCGGCCUCUCUGGUAUAUCAGAUGUCGACUGUACAUAGUAGUCAUAUUGUUUAAUAGUUGUAUGUAGUCUGUCAGUUAGUGGUAAUUUGUAUUUCUUUGCAGAUUGAUCGGAUAAUCCACCAAACACUGUCUAUGAUUGUAAACUGAUGAGAUUCAUAACCUAGCCAUGUCUUAUCCAACUUCGACAUUGGCAGAAUCAUCAACACCUUGAUGGAGCCAUAACACGAAAAAUUGAUUGAUUGGCCUAUAUGUGAGGCAGUGUCAUUAAACGCCGUAUUUACAUAUAAAUUUUACAAUAAUGAUGACAUUGUCACACUAGCUAGAUUUUCAAGGGCAUACGUUUUAUUUGACAGUAUAGUUAGUUAAUACAAAACAUAUGGCGCCGUACAGCGCCAUCUAUUUAUUUUGUCACUACACUACCUUACGCGUUCUCUAUCUGUAUAAGUAUUAAAAACAAAAUCCUUGUCUCCAUAUACUUUAUUAUUUUUCAUUUAAUUUCUACAUCUAUUUAUUGCGUCUAAAUGUUUCAAUAAAUAUUGCACGUCCGUACGUAUCUUAUAUAAUUAGUUAAUUACAAAUAAAUAGGCACUGGAAAUAAUAUAUUUCGCAAAAUAUAAAAAAUAUACUUAAACACUAUUAGUUGCUUCGGGAGAUGUAGAAGUUUUUUCAAAAUUAAUUUAUAAUGUUAUGAUAACAGAACACAAGUCCCGAACACAACUUUUACCUCAAUGUAUUUAAGUAAUUCACCGAAAUACAAAUAUACUUUUA